AUGACGGCGUACGAUCUGUCGUACGCUACGCGAUGGAACCAGAUUCAGGUGAGAGCCUUGAGUGACCCAAGACUUAGAGGAAUUCCUAAAGUUCAACGAUCACCAAGGAUAACAAACUAUAUGAGAUUGUCCUUUGGCUCAAGAAGUAGGGUUUUAAAUAUGGAAAAUACAUUCGAAAAUGCGAAAAAAGACGAAGACGAACUUGUCAAUGGGGAAAAAACCGAAAAGAGACUUAAUGCGUUCGAGUACUUCAAGCUGCAUCGAAGAGAUGAAGAUAUUGAUUUAAGCGGUUGGUCUCUGGACAAAGUAACUGCGUCCGGAAUUUCAAUGGAGUUACCCUCAUGUGCAAACAUUGUUCGUUUGUCUCUUGCCAACAGCAGCCUCAAAGAUGAAGGCGGAAAAAUUAUAGCUAAAGGACUCGAGGAAAAUUUGUCCGUGAGAGAGCUGGACCUGACUGGAAAUAUGCUUGGAGAAAAUGCCAUUUCUGCUAUUGGAGAAAUGCUAAACAAGAAUCAGACAAUAGAGAAACUGAAUCUUUCGAAAAACAACUUAACAGACCACGACGUACAGGUCUUUCUGAAUUGUCUUUGCCGCAAAACCUUUUUAAAAGAUUUAGAUCUAUCCAAUAAUAUUUUGUGUGACCAGUUCGCGAAACAGAUGUCCUUUGUUCUAGAAAAGAACUUUUUUCUUGAAAAGCUUUCCAUUUACUCAAACCAGUUGGAAGCAUCGGGCUUGCAGGCCAUAUCCUCAGGGUUACGAAAAACAAAAACACUUUCUUUCCUAAACAUUUCCUGGAAUUAUUUGCAUGACGCUGGAGCUGAAAUUCUUGGUGAAAUAAUCGCUGAAAAUAGAAGCCUCGUAGAGAUUUCCGCCUGCGGGAAUUUGUUAACCACGAAAUCUACCAGAAGUCUUGCCACAGGUGUUUCAAGUAACUCUAGGUUAAAAAUUCUCCGUAUUGGUCAGAAUUUGAUAAAGAAUUCCGGAGCUUAUGAAUUUGUAAAGGUUUUAUUUGAGAGUGGCAAACCAAUCUCGCUGGAAACGUUGGAUAUCAACGGAACUAUCGUGGACAGAAGAUUUAAAGAACUUAUCGAAACAGGAUUACCCGAAAACUUGUCCUCCCUGAAAGUUGUUAAUUUUUCGGUGGUCGAGUGUUUUGUGAAUAAGACAACUUGA